AUGGAUACCAAACCUCAUCACACAAUUGAGUAUUAUAAAUCAGAAAUUGUUAAAAAAGAUGAGAUAAUUGAAAAAUUAUUUGAAGAAGUUGAUGAAUUAAAAGAAAAUCAACAAGAACAUAAUAAAGUUGUUGAAAAAUUAAAAAAUGAAACGGAAAGUUUAACUCAAGACAAUCAUAAAAAGGACCAAUUUAUUGAAUCAUUAAAAACUUAUUAUAAUAAAGCUUUGGAUAAAAUUAAUAAUUAUGAAAAUUUAUUGCAAGACAUGCAACAGAGAGAGAAUGAUUGGAAGAAAAGAGAAAAUGAAUGGAUAAAACAACACGACAAGUUAGACGAACUUCGUUCUCAUUUAGCGAAAUCUUUGGAGAAAUCUUUAUAG